AACGAUUCCCAAAUUCGAUUUUACCUAUGUUUGUAAAUACAAUUUGUAAUAAAUUGAAUUCGAUCGAAAAUAUAUUAUUUACUUUAUUAGUGUAAUAUAGGAGACGUUACAUACGUCGACAUACAAAUAAAUUAAAUAUUAAAAAAAAGAUAUUAUAAAUAUUAUACUGUCCGGUUGGCAUCAAAAUGCAGUUUCCAAGACGUACCUCGGAAUUCCAGGAGGUUGCAGAUACCGCAACUAAACGUACCUCACGGAGUACCCAAUUGCGGCAAAGUCGUGUCGCACGCCCACCUUCGAUAGAUCGUCAUACUGUGGGUCUACCGAAUUCGGUUAAUCGCGGCAGUCGUACCACGCCUCAGAAGCAAGCACAACUUUUAACGACUGCGGAUGCUCCAGGAACUGCAAACAAAUACAGCUCAAGAGCGAGUCGCAUAGCGCGUACCUCUUCUCUGGAACGCUUGGCGAACUCGGCGCUUCGCGGCAGUCGCACUACCCCGCAAAAAACACCAACGUCAAUAACUAAACCAACAACUCGAGUGCUUUUUACAGCUGAAAAACAACGCAACGCGCAUAAUGACAAAAAGUGGGUGCAAGAGAGGGCGCAACAGAUUACAGAACAUUUGUUCGAAACCGCCCAUGCCGGGUCGGUGCACGGUUUGUCAAGCGAUUUCUUCGCUCGUAGUGGUUGUCUGCGUCAAAUAUCAACAAAACAAUUUGUAGGUAUAGUCAAUCAUUUUCUACAGUACAUUUGGGGUACACGUUUCACAGUUGGCAGCAAUUAUAUCGACGAUAUCGUUAAUAUACUGCAAAAACUUAAAUAUCCCUAUCAAAUAAACAAAUCAUGGCUAAAAACACCCAAUACUUCACACUCAUUUGGCUACGUAAUCCAACUGUUAGACUUCCUAAUGGAUUUUGUGCCACCACAAAAUGAAGAAGAAGCUUCUGAUAUGAAAUUUGAAUUCGAAGAUCCACAGGAACUAAGUCAAAGCUCGCUUAUGCACGAGUCGCCUGACGCCGAUUUUACGGCGCUCAUACUACAAAACUCGGAAGAGGGCUUCAUGCUCUGGGAUAAACAGAUGGACGAUGAGUUGCAUAAUCUACAGGAGCAAACAUGUGAUGUACUAAUAUACAAACGCUGUGGCCUACAAGGUAUCUCCUCACUAGAUGCACAAUUGCAUGAACUCAAACUAGAAUUACAGGAAGAGCAGAAAAAACGGCCACAUAUACGCAAAGAAGAUGAGGAACAUUGCCUUCGUUUGGAAAAAGAGCUUAAAGAGACCCAACAGCAGGUACUGGAGGCACGUGAAACUCUCGAAAUAUCUACUAAGAAAAUUAGCGAAAUGCAAGCUGAGGAACAGCGAUACAAAGCUGAGUUUAUGGAACUCCUAGAGAAAGUCAAUCAAAUGAAGGGUGCACUUGCUAAACAAACGUUGAGUGUGGCGCAGCGCGAUGCAUAUAUUGAAGAGCUAGAACAGCGAAAGUAUACACUGCAACGCAUGGAACGCACGUUACGUGAUCUUGAGGGCCGCCAGCACCAUCAACAGGUAUUAGUGUCACGUCACAAAAAACAAUUGACCGAUAAAAUAGCCAAAUAUAACGAUCAUAUACGUGCUAUUAGCUGCACUAAGCUACAAUGCGAUGCGGGCGCAUUACAACUACCGCUCAAUCCACAACUGGAUGAUGUUAAGAAACGUAUAAAAAUGUUGGAAGAAACACGCGAACGCGCGCAAAAACGUAUGCAACAGAUUAAGCAGAAACAGCAAGAGCUGGAAAAACAGGGACAUGAACUAAAUCAUGAGAUAACUUCAAGUCUAAGACCAAAAUGUGCUGAGCUGGAAACAGCUCUAAAACUCGCCGAACGAAACAGCAGAGAAUUCGCAAAAUACAAACAAAAACAAAGUGCUGCAUUUGAUGCUCAGCUGCAGGAACUCGAUGACCGUCUGCAAAAGUUACAAGUGGAAUGUAAGAUCCUGCAAGAUACAAAGCGUGAAAAGCAAAUAGAAUUGGUAGAAUUGGAGAAGCAAAACGAAGAAUUGAUUGUACGCACUGAACAUGAAUACAAAGUGGCCGCCGAUGGACGCGAGGCAUUUCUCAAUGACUAUGAAAAGGCACUUGACCAAUCAAAUAAGUUAUUAGUGGAGUUUGCUGAAGAGAUUCAACAGCGCGAAAUUGACUUGCAGCGAAUCGCGGAAGAGGAGGGGAAAAAAUAAUUUUUUUUAUCUAUUAAUUUUAAUGAAAUUAAAUUCAGUGUUUUACGUUUUUUUUUUUUUAAUAUUAAAUACACAAAAAUUUAUUGCAACAUACACAUAAUCAUCAUAUAAUUUAAUUGCUAUAUCUAAGUAUAAUAUUUUCAAUAACU